AUGUAUUCAACGCCAACGGUCAGCCUUGCCAGUUCACCACAGAAGUCCAGCGAACUCAUGCAAUCGCCCAAGUUCCCCGACAGGGGUGCCGUGACCUACGCAGUGGGCACCCGUCCGACCAACGGCGCUGCCACAAAGGCGGAGUCGUGUCCCAAGUGCGGCAACGUGUAUUUGGCUGAUGCGAUCUUCUGCCGCAACUGUGGCCAGAAGCGCGAGGCCGAGUCGUCCUUCCGCCGCUCUCUGGACACACGCUUGCGCAGCGUGAGAUCAGACGCCUCUGAGCCUUCAGUGUCUCCGCCGCGGUAUUGGCAAGUUGAGCCGCUGACGGGCCAGACGCCCCGGAAGGAGGCAACGACAGCGCAGGAUUCCGUGGCUGCUACCAGUGGUAGCGCCCGUGAGUCCUUGAGGGGACUGGCGGCCGAGCGGGAUCGCCUGCAGCGACAGGUGCAAGAGAUGCGCGGCGAUGUCUCCACUGCCCGCCAGGACCUCUCCACACAGCACAAUCGGCAGAAGGUGCAGACGGAAGAGCUGCGAAGCACGUUGCAGGAUCUGCAGGCAGAUACCGAGCGCCUCCACACGGAGCAGAGGCGGCAGGCUGCGGUGCUGAAGCAGUCGUUGAAGGGCAGCCCAGAGCCUGGCUUCAACCCGAACCGCCUCGAGAAGCAGGUAGAGGGCGUAGCAUCGAUUGUGAAGAACCAGGAGCAACGCUUUGACCGGCUAGAGAACGAUAUUACCUCCGCCUACGAGUCUCAGAGGCAGCAGCUGCAGGAUGCCUUGCACGAGAACAGGCAGCUUGCCAAAGGCUUGGAGGAGGACUCCAGAAGGCGUGCCACCAUGAUGAUGGAGCUGGUGGAGAAGGUUACAAGAAGCAGCACAGCUAGCCAGCUGUCCAACGAGCUCGCGAACGCGACCUCUGCGAUACAGGGUCAGACGGCUGACUGGUCGACUUUAUCCAGGCAGAUCCGUUCAGAGGUGAAUGGCCUGGCCGCUGAGAUGAAGGCUGAGCGCGAUGCUCGAGCUUUGGAAGCCUCCACACAGAGAGUCGAAAUCUUGAAGCCAGGGACCAAGGCAGGCGAGAAAGACGCACGCCUAGCUCAGGUCGUGAGCAAUGUCAUCACUGGUUGGAUAUCUUGA